GCGGGGCCGGGCGGCGCAUGCGCGGCGCGGGGCGGGGCCGGGCGGGCAGCGCGGAGGAGGAAGGCGAGAAAAUGGCGUCGACGGAUUACAGUACCUAUAGCCAAGCUGCAGCUCAGCAGGGCUACAGCGCCUAUGCACCUCAGCCAGCCCAAGGAUAUGCACAGACCACCCAGACCUACGGGCAGCAGAGCUACGGGACCUACGGGCAGCCCACCGAUGUCAGCUACACACAGCCGCAGACCACGGCCACCUACGGGCAGACGGCCUACGCCACCUCCUACGGGCAGCCCCCCACAGGUUACAGCGCCCCGACCGCCCCCCCUGCCUACAGCCAGCCCGUGCAGGGCUACGGCAGCGCCGCCUACGACACCAACACGGCCACGGUCACCAGCAGCCAGAGCUCGUACGCCGCCCCGGCCGCCUACGGCACCCAGCCCGCCUACCCGGCCUACGGGCAGCAGCCUGCCCCGGCCGCCCCCGCCAGACCCCAGGAUGGCAGCAAACCAGCAGAGACCAGCCAGCCUCAGUCCAGCACGACAGGUUACAGCCAGCCCAGCCUGGGCUACGGGCAGAGCAACUACAGCUACCCCCAGGUGCCUGCCAGCUACCCCAUGCAGCCUGUCACUGCUCCUCCCUCCUACCCUCCGACCAGCUAUUCCUCCACACAGCCAAGCAGUUACGAUCAGAGCACUUACUCCCAGCAGAGCAGCUACGGGCAGCAGAGCUCCUAUGGCCAGCAGACCAGUUAUGGCCAGCAAAGCAGCUAUGGCCAGCAGCCACCUCCCACCAGUUACCCACCUCCCACCGGAUCCUACAGCCAGGCCCCCAGCCAGUACAGCCAGCAGAGCAGCAGCUACGGUCAGCAGAGCUCGUUCCGCCAGGACCAUCCCAGCAGCAUGAACAUGUACGGGCAGGAAUCCGGAGGCUUCUCCGGCCCCGGAGAGAGCCGGAAUCUGAGCGGCCCCGAUAGCCGGGGCAGGGGACGAGGGGGAUAUGAGCGUGGAGGCAUGAGCAGAGGUGGGCGGGGAGGAGGACGCGGUGGAAUGGGGUUACAAAGUGAGAGCCUUGUAAACACCUCAAUACUUAAAAAGUACCCGUACUCAGUACUCAGCCGGCAGCAUAAUGAAAAGUGGGACUAGACACGGUGUCCAUAUGGAGAGGAAAAAUAUACAUAGAAUAUUUUUAACCCAAUGUAUUGAUUGUAUAAACGGAAUCCUUCUGUAACUUUGGUAACUGCAUACUUGUUGUUUGGUAAUAAAACCAGAGGAGGGUAUACUACUACUUUAGAAUUGUGUAACGUUAAAGAAAAAAAAAAAAAGUGUAAAAAUCUUAUGUUUAAAAAGAGAAGACAUUACGUAAAUGGUGUGUACUUUAACGAGAGGAGGCAAAGCUGCAUGCAACAGCUCAAAAUUCUGUAUUGACUUUUUUUCUCCCAGUAUUAGAGGUGCAAUACUUGCUAGAAAAAUUCACGGUGCUCUCCCUCCUCCGCUCGGCUCCUUCCAAACAGCUUGCUGGCUCACCCAAAAAAAGAGCAAGAAACAGCCCAAAUUCUUUCUCAAGGUGGCAUUUUCCUACUUCACCACCACGCUCCAAAGCAGUUUUAGCUGUGAAUGCUUCAGCCAAAGCUUUUGGUGAAAGCUGUGGCCCUGUUUGCAUUGGCACCUGCCGAAAAGUGAGUGUGUCCACAAAGCUGCACCCCAGGCCUUGGAGCCCCCGCUGUACUCUGUAAGUUCUCCCUCCAGAGAGUUGUUAAAUUCAGUAGUGACCUGAAUGUAUGGCUUUAUUUUGAGGGUUUUAGGGGCGAUGUCAGCUGAACUGUGUUGUAGGUCUCGCGUGUGGUUUGUCUCCUUUUACGCUGUUAAAUGUCAGGGACCCGCGGGCCCGCGCUGCCACAGGCUGAGGGUGCACCUUGGUGGACACACCGAGGGGAGGGAGUUGACCACUGAAACACCCCCCAAAUUGCUCUUCAACAACAACAAAAAAACCCCACUUUGAUUACAAACAACCUCCCAUUUCUCAGCCAAGUAUUGCACUGAUGAUACCCGAGUAAUAACGCCAGGGCACCGACAGCAAAGCGGUGCCUCAAACCACACCAAGGUUGCUUUAUAUGUAAAGAAAAUUUGAGCAAGCUGCCCUGAAGAAAGGCCUAGUGCCGAGAUGAGAGAGAGACAGAGAGAUGUUUGGAGAUGUUUAGCCAGUGCCCUUCUCCCCUGUGAGCCGCAGAGGCUCAGAGCGGUGCUGGCUUUGUAAAGGGAAAGGCCUUCAUUUCUUCGUUUAUCCCCCCAGCAGCGCUGGAGAGCGAGGUGGCUUCAAUAAGCCUGGU